CUGGCGUUCUUAUUGUAGAGAUAGGCAUAUCGAUUGGCUUCAGGACCGGGCGAACACCUCGUAGCUGGGCCCAUCAACGCCGUCGGGCCGAGCAUAGCCCGAAAUUGCAGAGUGAAGACCCCCACUCAAGAGUCAAGUGGAGCCCCGUGAAUCCUGAAGUUAUUUGGCGGAACUGAGCUCUCUUUUCUGCUCGCAAGUCUAGAAGAAACCGAUAAGAUUUGAUUUUUUUAGGGUUUAUGGUGAAGUGUUCAAGCAUCUUCUAUGCUCCGAAAAAGCAAUAAUUCGCGUUUCUGCUGCAGUUACUGCUUCUAGCUUAAAUUCUUCGUUCACGGGUUUAGUGUUGUGCACUGAAGAUUGAUUUCUGGUUUGAAUCGGAGUUUUCGGAGCUGGGUAGUCAGGUUCCCUCAGCUCAGUCUCUCUGAUCAGUGAUCGCUUUGUUCUUCGCAAUCAGUGGGUGUGGUAUUGGAGGAGGAGGUGAACAAGGAGCAACUGAGGAAGAGGAGGAGGAGAGGAUUGAACGUCAAGAUGCUGUAAUAUUGAAUAAUGGCAUCGCCAGCUUGGUUACAACAGGAAGCACAUUCAUCAACAUCUCAAGCCCCUGUUUCUGGUCCGCUUGCAGUACCACCAUCUGGGGGACCUACAGCUGCGACUAUUGCUCCUCCUGCCAUUGUUAGUGGUACAUCUGUAUCAAAAGGUCCAAAUAUUAUAUCCAAUGAUAUAACACAAGAUUCGGCACAAGCAAAAUUUGUUAAUGCACCUGGUUAUGUAGUUCCUGCACCUGCAUUCUUGUAUAGUGUGUUACCAAAUACCGCCACCCCUUCUGGAAGCUCUCUGAAUUCUUCUAGUUCUGUUUCAAAGUCAAAUCCAUCUGCAGCUUCAGUGGUUCAACCUUCAGUUCCUGGGCCAUCUUCAUCUCCUGGUCCCUCAUUUUCGUACAAUGUCUCACAUCCUGGCAGUGGUUUCCCUACCCAGCAGUUCCAAUCAAUCACGCCUCCUGCUCCGGCUCAGUCGCAAGUGAUAAAGAAUAUGCCGACAUCUUCAGGGGCAGCCUUACAACCUCCUGUUCCUGGGCAGCCUGCACAUCCUAAUUCUUUUGUUCCUCGAACAGCUUUACCAAUUAUGCCACCUACAAAAGGAGCUUCAUCAAAUGUUCCAACUUUUUCUUUUAACGGGAACCCUCAGUCAUUGCAGAAAGAUCAACCCUUGAAAUCAGAUACCUUGGCAGUUGUUGCACAGGUUGUUGCCACCGCAUCAUCUGGAUCAUCUCUCUCUCAGUCUGCUCCACUGUCUGCUCAGACAUCAAGUUCUACAACUGUAGCUUCAAUUUCUAACUUGGGGCCCGCAAUUUCAUGGAUGCCUCCUGCUCUCUCUUUUCCUGGGAUGCCUGGAACUCCUGGAACACCAGGGCCACCUGGAAUCACUCCAUCUGCCCCAGUAUCCACUCAUUUGACUGUCUCAUCUGCAGCCAUGGAUUCUUCUUCAGCAGUCUUGAGGCAAAACUUGACUGCUUCUGUUCCAUCCAAUCUAGCUGCUCAGCAGCAAACUUGUCAGCCCUAUCUGUCUUUACCUCCUGUGGCUUCUUCCUCUCAAGGACCUUGGUUGCAGCCCCCACCCCAGAUGAGUGGCUUGCCAAGGCCACCAUUUCUAACGUAUCCUGCAGUUUUUCCCGGUUCUUUUCCAUUGCUGGCUCGUGGAAUGUCUAUUCCAUCUGUUCCAUUGCCUGAUUCUCAAACUCCUGGGGUUGGUCCUGUAGGAACUACAGGUGGAAUUCCAUUAUCUUCCAUGGACUCUGCUCAUUCAAUGGUUUGCAGUUCAGGGCAACAGCCAGAAUUACCCCCCCCAGGAAUUGAUAACAAAAAACAAGGCAAUGAUGUCAAUUACAAGGAUGGAGCUGCUGUCAAUGAACAAUUAGAUGCUUGGACCGCUCACAAGACUGACACAGGAGUUGUCUAUUAUUAUAAUGCUUUAACAGGAGAAUCUACCUAUGAGAAACCUUAUGGUUUCAAGGGAGAGCCAGAUAAAGUGACUGUGCAGCCAACUGCAGUUUCAUGGGAAAAGCUAGUUGGUACAGAUUGGGCAUUAGUUACUACGAAUGAUGGCAAAAAAUAUUACCACAACACUAAAACGAAGUUAAGCAGCUGGCAGGUCCCAGCUGAAGUAGCUGAGUUGAGAAAGAAGCAGGAUGGUGACAAUUCAAAAGAGCAGUCAGCUUCAAUGCCAAAUACUAAUCCGUUAAUCGAAAAAGGAGCUGCUCCAAUUAGUUUGAGUUCUCCUGCCAUUAACACAGGUGGUCGUGAUGCAGCAGCUAUUAGAACUUCCGGUGGCCCUGGAUCAACAUCUGCACUAGAUUUAAUUAAAAAGAAGUUAGACUCUGGAACUCCUGUUACUUCCUUGCCUGUUCCAGCUUCAUCAGGACCAGUAGCAGUUGAAUUAAAUGGCUCAAGAGCAGUUGAAGCUAUAGUUAAGGGCCUACAGAGUGACAACAGCAAAGAUAAACUCAAGGAUGCUAAUGGGGACGGUAAUAUGUCUGAGUCCUCUUCUGAUUCAGAGGAUGCGGAUGGUGGUCCAACAAAGGAGGAGCGCAUUAUGCAAUUCAAGGAGAUGCUUAAGGAACGCGGUGUGGCACCAUUUUCAAAAUGGGAAAAAGAGCUUCCGAAGAUUGUUUUUGAUCCACGUUUUAAGGCUAUUCCAGGUUAUUCAGCGAGGAGGUCCUUGUUUGAGCACUAUGUUAAAACACGGGCUGAGGAAGAACGCAAGGAAAAGCGAGCAGCUCAGAAAGCUGCAAUAGAGGGUUUCAAGCAGUUGCUAGUUGAAGCAUCAGAGGAUGUUGAUCACACCACUGAUUAUCAAACAUUCAAAAAGAAAUGGGGCAAUGACUCGCGGUUUGAAGCCUUGGAUCGCAAGGAGCGGGAGUUUCUGUUGAAUGAAAGGGUCCUGCCUCUGAAGAAGGCUGCUGAAGAAAAGGCUAAAGCAAUCCGUGCAGCUGCAGCCUCGAGUUUCAAGUCCAUGCUUAAAGAAAAGGGAGAUAUUACUAUAAAUACACGUUGGUCGAGGGUGAAGGACAGUCUACGGAGUGACUCUAGAUACAAGUCAGUCAAGCACGAGGAUAGGGAGGUUUUAUUUAAUGAGUAUAUAGCUGUGCUUAAGGCUGCAGCAGAUGAAGCAGAACAGGCAGCAAAAGCCAAAAAAGAGGAGCAGGAGAAGCUAAAGGAAAGAGAGCGAGAAUUACGGAAACGGAAAGAAAGGGAGGAACAAGAAAUGGAAAGGGUGCGAAUGAAAGUUCGAAGAAAGGAGGCAGUGACAUCAUAUCAAGCUCUACUUGUGGAAACAAUUAAGGACCCUCAGGCAUCCUGGACAGAAUCGAAGCCUAAACUGGAGAAGGAUCCUCAGAGACGUGCAACAAACACUGAUCUAGAUGCCUCAGAUUUGGAAAAGUUGUUCCGGGAACAUGUUAAAACAUUGCAUGAGAGAUGCGUGCAUGAGUUCAGAGCACUAUUAUCUGAAGUCUUGACUGCCGAGACAGCUGCCCGGGAGACAGAAGAUGGAAAAACAGUUCUUACAUCCUGGUCAACUGCUAAACGCCUUCUGAAGCCUGAUCCUAGAUACAUGAAAAUGCCACGGAAAGAGAGAGAAUCAUUGUGGCGUCGAUAUACUGUAGAGAUGCAGCGGAGACUAAAGUUGGCAGGAGAUCAAAAGGAAGAGAAGCACAUGGAGGCAAAAAUUAGAAGCUCUGUUGAUUCUUCGAGGUUACCUUCAGGAUCUAGGAGAAAUGAUGAGAGGAGAUACGAUGAGAGGAGAUAGCUUUUUUGUGAGAAAUAACUUCCUUCAACUUGGUUCCGAGGACAAUCUCGGUCUUGCAGAGGAUGAGAACGUGACGAUUCUGAAUCUGAUUAACUGGAUCUGGUAGACUGAUUAACAGAUCUGUGGAAGAAACAGGUAACCAACUUCUUGACAGAACACUUGACCGCAUUGUUUGUUGGCAAGCGCCAUUGCCUGCCUUGCUUUUUUAGCAGUUGAAGGUAACACAACAAUGACAUUUUGUUGAGUUUCGGUUCCCAUCGUCAUUGACUGAGCUUGCCAAUACUUGAUAACGCGGGGAAUAUUUAACUGUCUUGACCUCUUUGCUGUAAUCAGAUGAAUAUUUGUGGCACCUCAUCCCAGUGUAAUUUUGAAAGUUGAGUUAAUAACGCUACAUAGUUUUGGGCAUUUAAAUCUGCCCCAUGUGCGCGGUUUCAUGCUCGAGGAGUUGGUCUCGGCUUGUAGGGGGAGCGGAAGUUUGGUUUGUGCUCGUCUCUGGAGCGUGCUGGGUUUGUAAGAAAGUCAUGCCAGUGAUGUGGCAUCUUAUCAUUUACUGGGUUUAAUUCACUUUUUCUUGAUAUAUUUUAAUAAAUUAUAUAAUGUCACAUCAUCUGUAUUUAUUUGUGAUAUUUUUCUUGUAAUUGAUAGAGUUUUUCUUAAAUCAGUUUCUGGAAAAUCUAUCGAAAACAUCACAAGAGAUGCGAAAUCUGAGAAUGCAAAUUAUAUCAAGACAUCCCUACUUUUAAUGGACAUUUGGUUUAUGACAUAAAA